ACUUACAGCGCCUAUUGUUAGUCAGAGCCCAUUAUUAUUAUCAUCUAUACAAAGUCGUGUAUGGUCGCUUACUCGGUUAUUAAUUGUGUAAAGGUGACGAUAACGUGGACGCCAUUUAUAAUUUAAACUGAACAAAUAUGAGACAAAAGUGAAUUAUUUAAUCAUUGUAGUGUGUCGUUUGAAACCUAAGGCUGGUCAACUAUAGUUUAGACAGCUUUCGCCAUGUUGUGCCAGAAAUCUUUUUGCAUAUCCGCCUACGUAAUAUGUUGCAAAAAUCGUGAACGGGCUUUAGAGAUAAGCGACUUCGACGGCAUAGUAUCAACGGCAACGAUGGGCGGUCGACAACUCAGCAAAUCGACAUCAGAGCUGAGUAGCCCCCGAGAAAUGCCCGAAAUUCGACCCAGUUCAGCUGCUCCUCCCGAGCACUCCCACAUUACCGUGUACCAAAAGGCACAUAGUUUUUUUGCUCAAUUGAGGAAUCGACUGGGGCACAGCAAGCGGGAGAAACGUCACAAAUCUCCCGGCAGGCAGGAAUCGUCGGAUUACGCUGCAGAUCUUAGUAGUGACCACAGCACGCCGAGUACAGCUAGUCCCAGGCACCGGAUCUACACGAGAACAGGCGAGUUAUGGUGUUCUUUCAAACUUCCGUGUUUGCGUUCUCGAUGCGUUCGUUCCGCAGACUCUCCCUUGAGCCGUACAGGCGGAGACUCCAGCUAUUCACCAGGCAGUUCCCCUAGGCCCAGGGUGCCCAACCUAGGAGCAGUGGCUGGCCUUGACCUGUUACCUCAAACAUCAAACGAUGAAAUCACACGAAGAAAAGAAGCGACGUUGCGUCAAUAUGCGUUCUUCCAGCUUAGGAUUUAUCUACGAAGAGGACAGGGGUUGGUCGCCAUGGAUAAAAAUGGUUUAAGUGACCCUUACGUAAAGUUCAAGUGCGGAGGUAGAUUAGUGUAUAAAUCUAGGACAAUUUAUAGAGACUUGAACCCAGUAUGGGACGAGAGUUUUACAGUGCCUAUAGAAGACCCGUUCCUUCCAAUUUACAUAAAAGUUUUCGAUUAUGACUGGGGCUUACAGGACGACUUUAUGGGUUCCGCGGUAUUAGACUUAUCCACGUUAGAUUUAAGUCGACCAAACGAUUUAGCUUUAGUGUUACACGACCCUACGCGACCGGAUGCCAAUUUAGGAGAAAUUUAUUUGUCGGCCACGCUGUAUCCGAAAACCCAAGAGGAAAAGGAGCACUAUUUUCAGAAGAACAGCCGCGUGCAGGACGUGAAUAAAAGGCUAAAAUCUCAAAUCUGGAGUUCGGUUGUGACAAUUAUUCUAAUCGAGGGUCGAAACCUAUUAUCCUGUGAUCCAGAAACCGGAACUUCCGACCCCUACGUUAAAUUUAGAUUAGGUAACGAAAAGUAUAAAAGCCGCAUUGUUUGGAGAUCUUUAAACCCAAGGUGGCUGGAACAAUUCGAUCUGCAUUUAUAUGAUGACGGAGAUCAGCAGUUGGAGAUCACUGUUUGGGAUAAAGACAAGUCCAAGGACGAUUACAUAGGACGAUGCGUCAUCAACUUGCUGGACAUGGAAAGGGAACGUACGUAUAAUUUAUGGGAAGAACUUGAAGAUGGAGCCGGCUCGUUGCACCUAUUAUUAACGAUCAGUGGAACGACAGCGUCUGAGACUAUUUCGGAUUUGUCCAACUACGAGGAAAAUCCUAGGGAAAAGGAAAAUCUUCUCAGUAGAUACUUUUGGCAUAGGACGUUCCACAACGUUAAAGAUGUGGGUCACUUGACGGUCAAAGUUUUCAAAGCUACGGGAUUGGCUGCGGCGGAUAUCGGCGGCAAGAGCGACCCUUUCUGCGUGUUAGAAUUGGGAAACGCUAGACUUCAAACGCAGACUGAAUACAAAACUUUGUCGCCCCAAUGGAACAAAAUUUUCACGUUUAACGUCAAGGACAUCAACAACGUCCUCGAGGUUAUAGUUUUCGACGAAGAUCGCGAUCACAAGGUCGAAUUUUUGGGAAAGGUGGCGAUUCCGCUUUUACGGAUACGGAACGGCGAGAAAAGGUGGUACGCUUUGAAAGACAAAAAACUACGGAGCAGAGCGAAAGGUACUGCGCCUCAAAUACUUUUGGAAAUGUUUCUUGUAUGGAACCCGAUACGAGCUUGUAUCCGCACCUUAAAUCCGAAAGAGGAGAAGUUCAUGCAGACUGAAAUCAAAUUCAAGCGACAAGUGUUCGUCAGGAACGUCUUGAGGCUCAAAGUUUUCGUCAUGCACUUUCUGGAAAUCGGAAAACUUUUUCAGGACUGCUUCGAAUGGGAGUCGAAAUUUCAGAGCUUCGUCGCCCUUAUAGUCUGGCUCGUCCUCUGUUACUACUUCCAACCAUGGAUGGUGCCCGUCGGUUUUCUAUUGGUUUUCCUGAAACAGUACGCGGUCAGAUCCUUGGCCGGUCCCACUCAAGUACCGUGGGACGAAGUAGCCGACUCAGAUAUAGACGACGAAGACGAGGAAGACAAGGAAAAAGAGGAGAAGAAGAGUCUAAAGGAACGAUUGCAGACAAUACAAGAAGUCACCCAAGGUGUUCAGAACGCUAUCGGCAAGAUAGCCUCUUUGUUGGAAAGCGUUAAAAAUAUGUUCAAUUUUACCGUUCCGUAUCUCUCGUGGAUCGCCAUCACCCUGCUGUGUCUUGCCUCGUUGGUGCUCUAUCUGAUACCUUUGCGUUAUCUGCUGAUGAUGUGGGCGACGAACAAGUUCCUGCGACGCAUGUUUCGACCCCACGCCGUUCCGAAUAAUGAGAUUUUGGAUUUGCUCUCUAGAAUACCGGACGACGAGAUGCUGAUGUACAUAAAAUUGUUGGGCGUUGGAUUGUCCUCCCAUCUGGGGCGUUUAUCCGUUAUACGCUGGUACUUGCAGCUGGACUACCGGGAUCUGAAGCUCCUAACGACGCCCGAAGCCGAACGGCGAAGCAAUCCGAAGAAAAAGCACAAAGCUUCCUAGUGGAGAGUGAGGUUCUUCUCCAGCUUUAAGGGUAAACUGAUAGAAAGAUUCGACAAAGUAACCGAAAAGUCUGAGUAGUGUUUUUUAAUUAGUACCUGUGUGUUUUAGCCACUGGAUGUUCCUCAAUAUGGGUUUGAUUAAUGUUUUUAAAAUUAAGAAAGUUUUUCCUUGGUUCAACUCACGAAACGUACUACACGGGCUGGGUCAGAAACGUUGUGUUGUUAAGGGAACUUAGAUCGUUGAAAAGAAAUUUUCAAGCUAUUCUCAAAUAUGAAAAACUGUACCAGUUGCUUAAUAAGAAAAUUUUAAUUUUAUAUCUCGGCCAAACCUGACAGUUUAUCAGAAAUAGGUCCAUGUGGCGCUAUCUAGCGAUGCGGUAAACACUAAUUCUUCGCUAUGUUUAGGCCUUAAAGCUCUAAAAAAGGUUUGUUUUUAUAGAAGUUCAAAACAAAUAGAAACGCAACCAACAAAUUAAUAAAUUUACUGUUUCAGGCAGCAGUAAUUUUUAUUUGUGAAUUAAGCUUUUAUUUAUUUGUUCAGUAAGAAAGUAAUACAAUAAUAAAUAAUGCAAAUAAAAGAUAUUUUUUGAAUAAAAUCAUUACGGAGGAUCCAGUAUUUUCUGUGAACUGCUAACCAUCAAUAAUAUCAUCAAAUGCACGAUCUCUUUGUGUCAUCUCUCAUUCCUCAGCAGUAAAUUCUGAAAACUUAUGCCUUGCAAGAUGUCCUACAUCUGGCGACUGAAAUGCGAUAUUUCCAAUUGCCACCAAAUGUUUAACCAAGGUCCAUAUUUUUUGUAUGGAAUUUAAUUCAGCCCAGAACGUUAUGGCGGUGUAAUUGAAAACUUUACUUCAUUUUCUUGGAUUAUCUCAUAAAUUUUUAAUAAUUCAACUUCUCUGUUUGCACUAGUGUUGAUUUUUUUUGCAUGCAGGUUAUGAUACGCCACAUUGCCUAUUAUCAAAACUGAUUUAUGGAGGUAAAUUAGGCAAUAACUGUUCCUCCACCCGUGUCAUAAAAUAUUUAUUACUCAUUUAAUUGUGAAUUUUUUAUUUAAAAUAAGACAGCAAUCAUCUACCUAUGGUUAUCAAAGUAUGUACCUAUUCAUGACUCACCCGAAAUACCUAUUGACUUUAUGUGCUUCAAAGUAUUAUCAGUUUUUAAAGAAAACCAGUUGGUCCUGGUUACAUUAACCACCCAAAAGCGGGGAAAGUCUAUAUAAGAAAAAAAAUAGUAAAUUAAAGACUUCCUUUACAGGCAACCCAUUGCCUGCUUUCAAAAAUACCAUUGAAAAACGAUCAACUUGGUGCCCUAAUAAUCCCUUAUUAAUUCCAAGUAUGGACCAAAUUAUGGUAAAUAAAAUAUGAAAAUAUAGAUGAAAAAAUCCUUAAAGUACUCGAAGAUUGCUUAUUUACAUUUUUCUGUUAAAUAUUAAACAAAAGAUAUACCCUUAGAAGAGUCAUCGAACCAGCCCUUAUCUUGUAUUACCUGUAUUUACGGUUGCCUUGCAAAGUUUAUGUUUAUCUUCUGUUUUUUACAUCGCAAAACAACAAACAUAUUAAUAAAUAACUUACUCGAAGCCCAGUUAGCCCAAUGGAGUCCUUAAACAACCAACGCUUAUCAUGUUAUCAAGCAAAAUCCCUCUGUCUAAAAUUUACUGCCUAAUAACUGAGAAAAAACAAUUGUAGCGGAGUUUGAUGGAAAUCACAACUCGUCGCACUAUACAUUCGUGUUUAAUCAAAUUUAUGUCGGAAAACAUUAAAUACAUAUUACAAAAGAAACAAUUAAACUUCCGUGCUGCAUGGAGAACGGAGUAUCAUCUAUCUGGCGACUGACAGUUGUCAAAAAAGUCCCGACUAUUUAUGGUCUAUGACCGUUGCAUUGUUAAAUUUUGAAAUUUUACGUUUUAGAGUAGGUUGUCUUUUCUCCAUAAUUUGAAAAUCGUAAAUUGUUAUUUGUACUCGAAUGUGCAACAAUCCAAAUAGCUAAUAUUGUUAUAUUAUCUAUUACACUGUGUAUAAAAACUCUUUACACUUUCACAUCGAGAUGUUAUUUAGGGACUGUUUCUCAACAGGUGUCCUAUUUGGAACAAUUACUACUUAUUCAAGUAGGGUGACCUUAAUCGUUUUAAAAACUGUUUACAAUUUCCCAAAAACAUCCAAGAGGAUUUUGACCUCUCUCUGAUUUUAGCGACAUAGUUUCAAAUUUUUAGCAAAAUAAAUUUUAAAAUACAAACCAAAUCAAUUCUUAGGUUGUAUUGGUUAGUUGAAUAAAUUUUAUUUACGAUCCCAUGUUUUCCAAAUCUAAUUUGGAUUGAAACAGAACCAGAUACCGAAGAAAAGUGGCUUUUCAUCAAAUUCGUUCUUCUUAUCUCUCUUUGACAGGUCCUACAGUUGAACUUCGAGGUUAUUGUAUCAUUUUAAAGUUAGAUUUUACCACAUAUUAAGGAAUGUCCGUGAGCAAAAUUUUGUGAUAAGUUUGGGGUCGGUGAUGAUACGUUCUACUGCAAUAUUGGUUUCAAUGCGACCAGAGAACGUUACAAAAAUUAGGGUGUUUAUUAUAUCUAUUUAGCACGUCUCUAGUUUGUAGCUUUUUGAUAUUUACAUUUUAUCUGUAAAGAGUUGCGGGCGGCACAGUGACAAUUUCUUUACAUAUUUAUUAGAUUCCCUGUGUUUUUAAGCUAUUCGUAAUUUCUUGAUAGGUUGUUGAUAAUGUUUCGUUUCUCCUGAUUUUGCUAUUGUUGUUCUUGUUAUUGAAAACGGCGAAUAUUUUUGGUAUCUAAAUCAAGUCAACUUGAAAUUUAAAUCAAACGCUUUUUGACUUUUUCAAAAUAUCACGCACUAUUAGGGUAAGCUAUAGUCUUGCACCUAUAUAUGAUUCGUUCUGUAAGAAGCUGGAGUUCUCGACUGCAGUUUAAUUAGCCAGAAAUGACAUUUUCUUUAAUACUUCCACACGCAACAAAGCAACAAUCUUUCGAAAUAAUGGGGUUUUUCGGCCGUGCACAACUGUUUAUUAAAUGAACAUGAAUGAUGCCAAAAAUGAAAACAUCAGUAGGUACAAAAUAAUUUUCUGAGGAAAUUACCAUUUGAAUUCCUAAAUUCCUUAAAACAAAUACGAGCCUAGCACUCAACUGUGUUUGGAGAGGUUUUCGGGAAACGAUGCCUCUUGCUGCGUCCGUUUUAUACGUUUUACUAAUUUUCUCUGCCAUGUCUACAACAAAUUGGAAUGUAUAAAAUUACGAAAAAAGUCAAGGCGACUUGAUUUUUUAUUCAUAGUGUUGCCAUCUCUGGCUCCUCUAUUGCGAAGCAAUGUCGCCAGCGCCAUCUCUUAUUCAACUAAUUAGAAAUGCGUGGGAAAAGUCCAGUUACCUUACUAUAUUUUUCAGUAUGCUGUGGUUUCGAAUUGUUAAACUGUUAGUUGUCAUGUUGAUUGCGAAACGUUGCAAGAUUUUAUUUGAAAUCUUAACUUAUCAAUUAAGUGGCAUCACUAAAUAGUUGUACACGGCUGAACAAGUUCGACAAUAUUUGAUUAUUUAUAAUUCGUGAUUCCGAACACCAUAUAACUGUAAAUGUUUGUAACGAAAUAUUCUAAACACUUAACUAGUAUAGGUGUGGAUAAAAAUAUUAUUUCCGAUUUAUUAGCCGCGGCAGUCGCAAAAUUUAAAUGUUAUAUAUUGAUAUGUGAAAAUUAUAUAGGUCGUUGAAUUAUCAUAAAAAAAAUUUAAUUCGAAUAGCGAGCUUCGUAUAAUACGUUAAGUGUUUGAGAGUCGUUUAUUAGCACAGAGUGAUGUCGUCUUUAUUGCCAAUUACAAAGUGAUAUUGAAUUUUAAACUAUGGAUGUUUUUAUAUAAAAUAAACGGAAGACGGAUGUGUGUCGUGUUUGAUUUAUUAUAAUUCAUAAAUCCCUCCGCCAUUUUGAAUUUGCAAAGGUUUCAAAAUCUGAAAAAUAAAAUGGAAUAUUAGUAACACAGAUCUACAGUGAUUUUGAUGUUUGAAAGCCAUUGCUUAUUUGUAU